AUGCAUUCACCCCACUCACCCCUCACAGCGGAGCCGCAGAGGCAGCGCCUGGAGAGGGGCUUGCCAGGGUGCGUCCUGUACGCUGACGACCGCCGCCUCUCUGCAUCCUCGUUAAGAGCUGCUGGCAGUGACUCGUUUGAAGCGCAUGGGCGCGAGUUCCCCUACUGGCUCGCCACAAAGCUCAUCAACCGGGCGUAUGCACAGCGCCAUGGGUACCGCUUUGUGGAGAUGGGCGAGGCAGAUAAGGAGCCAGGCAGACACCCCUCCUGGUUCAAGGUGCGCUUCCUGCAGCGGCAGCUGUCCUGCUGCUGCGAGUGGGCGUUCUUCCUCGACUCAGACGCAUACUUCCGAAUGGACAACCACCGCCUCAGCGUGCACUCCUGGGUCGACCGCCUCACUCUGCCUCACUACUUUGACUGGAUAGCCCGUGAGUACAACGUGUCGCUGGCCAACCAGACCUGGUUCCCGCGACCCCCCUCCUCCAUCUUCUCGCACUCACCUCCCGCCUGCCCCCCGUCACCCGUGGGGGGCGGGCAGGGUGGGGGAGAGGGCGGGGCAGGAGAGGGGGAGCAUGAGGGAUGGGUAACAGGAGGGGAGGGGGAGAGCCGAGCAGCGGUGUGUGUGGUGGCGCCUCGCAACGACGAUGAGGCGUCGGGGAUGGCGGAGGGGCAGGCGGGCGCGCUGUUCAACGGCAGCACGGAAUAUGUGAAUGCGGGGGUCACGCUCUGGAGGCGCUCCCCCCACUGCCUCAAGCUGCUGGCGAACUGGCACGAGGAGCCGGCGAGGCAGUACCUGUGGAGGCGCAACUGGGAGCAGCCGAGGCUCAACGUGCUGCUCGCCAUGCCGCAGCACGCUGCUGACGUGGCAGUCGUGCCCUUUCGUGAGCUGACGGGGCACUCGGGGCGCGCCAUCCGGCACCGGUGGCUCAACUCCAUCAUGACUGACGAGACGCGCAGUGACUUGGUCAAAGACGCAUUGCUAGGCAGUUUCUUGACAAGUUACAUGUACAUGUUUUAA